AUGCUCCAUCCAGUCCUCGAUGUGACUAACCUAAACAUCGUCCUCACCUUCUCGGGAAUCUACAUCCUCCUCUUUGGAUUCAUAUCCCUCAAAACCAAACAACGAUGGUACCUAGGCGAAACCGUACCCUCCUUCAUCACCGGAAUCGCCUUCGGACCUAUCGGUGCUCGAUUCCUCCGUGUGAAUGAAUGGGAAUAUGAUAAGACUGCUGGGACGAGUGAGAUUGCCUAUGGCUUAUCCCGCCUCGUCAUCGGCAUUCAACUAGUCAAGGUAGGCUACGAGCUACCGAAGCGAUAUAUCAAAGAGUGCCUACUGGAGUUACUUAUUUGUCUACUUCCGCUCAUGAUGAUAUCGUGGCUCGUGAGUGCGGGAUGUGUUAUGCUCAUGGUUCCGGAUAUCUCAUUCCUCGCAUCCCUAAUAAUAUCCUCCUGCAUAACCUGCACAGAUCCCCUCCUCAGCCAAUCCAUCGCCAAAGGCCCCUUCUCCGAUACCUACGUCCGCCGCGGCUUACGUGAAUUCAUCUCCGCCGAAGCCGGCCUAAACGACGGUUUCGGCUUCCCGUUCCUACUCCUCGCCGUAUCGCUACUGCGGUACGCAGAAACACCGGAGAACACAUUUAGUCUGGAGCAGUUUGAUCUGGAGCGCGGGGUGCCGGGGUAUUUGGAUAGUGUGGGGAAGGGGCGGUUUGGGGGUGGGGGGAUUGUGGCGCUUGGGCAUUGGGUUUUGGAGGGGGUUGGGUAUAUGAUUUUGCUGGGGGGUUUAAUUGGUGGGUUCGUUGGAAUUUUGGGUAGGAGGUGGGUUGACCAGGAGGGGUUUUUGUUGGUUCCUGUUGCGAUGGGGCUCCUGCUAACCGGCCUCUGCGGCUGCAUCGGCUCCGACGAAACCCUCGCUUGCUUUAUCGCCGGCUGCGCACUGAACUGGAACGGCGCCUACCACGUCGAAACCCAAUCCCGCCACGACUCCUUCAACGCAACCCUCGAAACACUCCUCAACUUCGCAACAUUCCUCUUCCUAGGCGCUGCCAUGCCGUGGGACCAAUUCCACAUGCCCCAGUCCUCAGGGCUGACAGUGAGCAGACUGGUAGGGUUGGGGGUGCUGGUGAUGUUGUUUCGGAGGGUCCCGGCGAUGAUGCUGGGGUAUAAGUUUUUGGGGAGGGGGGUUUGUAGGGAUUGGAGGGAGGGGUUGUUUUUGGGGUGGUUUGGGCCUAUUGGAAUCGGGGCGAUUUCGUAUGUCGAAUAUGCCCGUCGACUAUUCCCGGGACCUGGGGAGAGUGAUAGUGAGAUUAACCAGUUAACAGCUGUUAUGAGACCUGUGGUAUACUGGCUUGUUCUAUUUUCAAUUAUCGUCCACGGUCUCUCCGUCCCUGUUCUCAACAUUUUAUAUAAGAUAUUCAAAGUACAGCCUGUCCGCGACCACCCUGUGGAAAUCCAUAUGUUAUCUGAAAACGAGCCGCUGCCGAACAACAGCAUACUACUGGAUGGUCAGCGACAGUCGGUUAUUGUGAAUAACCAGUUUUCGAGGGUGUCAGAUGAGUCAGGGGACAUGAGGGAUACGGAGCGAGAUGACACGGGGUCUAUUGUUUGUGAGAGGGUUGAGGUUGAGUUAUCGUCGAUCAAAUAA